CGUCUGCGGCACGUGGCGCGGACGCAUCACUUUUGGAACUUCCGUGCGUCCGACCCGUGCACGCGUCUUUGGACUUUUUUUUUCCAACUCGGAUGUUUGACUUCACUACAUUUUGAUUUCAUGGAUCACUGCUUUGUAACGUGGAUGAGCCCGCGAGAACGUGUGCGUUUUUGAAAACGUGAGCAAAGAAGAGGACGAUGGAGGGCUUGAUUUUGACUUUUGUCCUCUUUUUUGUUAAAGAGAAUCGAGCGUUUCGUUUGGGCGACGAUCUUCAGCCCUACAUGCCAAAUGUGUGUGUGGAGAGGGAGCUGGCGCUGGUAGCCCAGAGGCAGCCGUGCGUGCAGGCUUUCACACGUAUGGUUAAAGUGUGGAAACAAGGCUGCGUGGGACAGACGUGGUGCACAGGCUAUGAGAGGAGGACGGUUUACUACACAGCGUACAGACAAGUGUACCGACAGGAUUACCAGACUGUGUAUAAGUGUUGUCCCGGAUGGUCUCAACUCAAUGGAGAGGCAGGGUGCCUGUACCCCGUCUGCAGGUACGGUGUGUGCUUCAACGGAGGCCGCUGUCGAGGGGGAGCCGCUCAUCUGUGUGACUGUCCGCCUGGCUUCAACGGGCCCAGCUGUCAGUAUGGUGAGUACAGACACCAUCAACAUGUUCUGUGUUCAAAGGCUCUGUGUUUUUUAUUGCACAAUGCAUAUAGGGGGCACUAUCACACCGGUGAUGACUGUGACACCAGUGUAAAGGCCCCCUGA